AUGACUCCCUACAUAGCCAAGGAUGCUGCUGUACUUGUUGAAGCAGCUUGCGCCGGCUCGGUUGAUGGGGUAGUGGCCUUUAUUGUUGUGAGAGUGUUGGAGGGGGGGGUGGGGGGGGGGGGGGGGGGGGGGGGGGGGGGGGGGGGGGGGGGUGGGGGGGGGGGGGGGGGGGGGGGGGGGGGGUGGGGGGGGGGGGGGGGGGGGGGGGGUGGGGGGGGGGGGGGGGGGGGGGGGGGGGGGGGGGGGGGGGGGGGGGUGGGGGGGGGGGGGGGGGGGGGGGGGGGGGGGGGGGGGGGGGGGUGGGGGGGGGGGGGGGGGGGGGGGGGGGGGGGGGGGGGGGGGGGGGGGGGGGGGGGGGGGGGGGGGGGGGGGGGGGUGGGGGGGGGGGGGGGGGGGGGGGGGGGGGGGGGGGGGGGGGGGGGGGGGGGGGGGGGGGGGGGGGGGGGGGGGGGGGGGGGGGGGGGGGGGGGGGGGGGGGGGGGGGGGGGGGGGGGGGGGGGGGGGGGGGGGGGGGGGGGGGGGGG